UGUGGAGGAACAGUUGGUGCCAUCUUUACAUGUCCCUUAGAGGUAAUAAAGACUAGGCUCCAAUCUUCAAAGCUAGCCUUCCGGGCUGUCUACUACCCACAAGUCCAGCUGGGGACCAUCAGUGGUGAAGGAAUGGUCAGGCCAACAUCUGUAUCACCUGGGCUCUUUAGUGUUCUCAAGUCAAUUCUGGAAAAAGAAGGACCAAGGUCACUUUUCCGAGGGCUGGGUCCAAACUUGGUUGGAGUUGCACCAUCAAGAGCUGUCUAUUUUGCAUGCUACUCCAAAGCCAAAGAGCGAUUUAAUGGCAUUUUUGUUCCCAACAGCAACAUUGUGCACAUCUGUUCUGCAGGUUCUGCAGCCUUUAUCACAAAUUCACUGAUGAAUCCUAUAUGGAUGGUGAAAACCAGGAUGCAACUGGAACGGAAAGUCAGGGGUUCAAAACCAAUGAAUGCUUUGCAGUGUGCUAGAUAUGUUUACCAGACAGAAGGUAUCCGUGGCUUUUAUAGGGGCUUGACUGCCUCCUAUGCUGGGAUUUCCGAGACCAUUAUCUGCUUUGCUAUUUAUGAAAGUUUAAAAAAGCACUUAAAGGAAGCCCAGCUGCCCCCUUCUCCUCCUAAUGGGACCGAAAGGAACUCAACAAACUUCUUUGGACUGAUGUUUGCUGCUGCUGUUUCCAAGGGCUGUGCCUCUUGUAUUGCUUAUCCACAUGAGGUCAUACGGACACGGCUGCGAGAAGAAGGCACCAAAUACAAGACUUUCAUUCAGACAGCACGUCUGGUAGCACGUGAAGAAGGCUAUCUUGCCUUCUAUAGAGGACUCUUUGCCCAACUCAUCCGGCAGAUUCCAAACACAGCCAUUGUGUUGUCCACCUAUGAGUUAAUCGUGUAUCUGUUAGAAGACCAUGCAAAGUAGCAGAGCCAAGACUCCUGUUACAGACUGUAGACCAAUUUCUUCGUUGAACAAAUAGUCUUUUAAGAGACCGAUGCUGG